GUGGAAGUUGAAUGCUUUGGGGACGGACGAAUCGGAGUGGGCGAAUUUGUCUGCAAUUUCAGGGCGAAGUGGGACUUGGACCUUUUCCCAAUUCACAUCCUCUCCAAUCUCCAUAUCGAUAUAUAGAGAGAGGUAAUAUAGCUGUUGAUAUGAAUGAGAACCCCGCCUUCACUCUUGUCCUUGUCCAUUGACUCGGCCCUCCUCAACCUCUCCAAUUUCUCUGAUCUCUCCCCUCUCCCCGAUCACAUCCUCCUCGACCUCUUUCUGAGAACUUUGAAAGCUGGAAAGCUGACUGAGAAGAUUUUGAUGCUGUUCAUGGCGACAGGAAAAGAUGAAGUCCUUGCACUGAUUCAAUCUCUCAAUAUCCAGCUUAUCACUCCUGUCCUUCCUACUAGUAAGAAAAUGUCUCAAACAAACAUUGGUGACGAUGAGGUUGACAUUGUGAUUGGUGCACUCCAUGCUGACCUCACAUCCUUCCUGAAUGAAUGGAGACCACUAUUCUCGCGAUUUCACCUGAUAAUCGUGAAAGACCCUGACCUCAGAGAGGAGCUCAAAAUACCAGAAGGCUUUAACCUCCAUGUCUAUACCAAGUCCGACAUUGACCGAGUGGUGGGCUCGUCUUACACUGCCAUUAAUUUCUCUGGUUACUCAUGUCGGUACUUUGGCUAUCUCAUGUCUAGGAAAAAGUACAUCUUCUCAGUCGAUGAUGACUGCAUCCCAGCAAAGGACGAUCAGGGUCUUUCAGUAGAUGCGGUCGACCAGCAUAUCACCAACCUUGCAACUCCAGCCACCCCUUUCUUCUUUAACACACUGUACGACCCUUUCCGCAAAGGAGCAGAUUUUGUUCGCGGGUACCCAUUUAGCUUGCGGAGUGGAGUAACAUGUGCUCUGUCAUGUGGGCUCUGGCUGAACUUAGCUGACCACGAUGCGCCCACACAAGCCCUCAAGCCAGGGCAUAGGAAUUCUCGGUAUGUUGACGCUGUUCUGACCGUUCCAGCCAGAGCUCUGAUGCCUGUGAGCGGUGUGAACAUUGCUUUCAACCGGGAGCUGGCUGGACCAGCCUUGUUCCCAGGUCUGAGGCUGGCAGCUGAAGGAAAGCUGAGGUGGGAAACAGUGGAAGACAUAUGGUGCGGACUCUGUGUGAAGGUGGUAUGCGAUCACCUUGGGCUUGGUGUGAAAACCGGGCUGCCAUAUGUGUGGAGAAACGACAGAGGCAAUGCCAUAGAAAGCUUGAAGAAAGAGUGGGAAGGCGUGAAGCUGAUGGAGGAAGUCGUCCCGUUCUUUCAGUCUGUGAGGUUGUCACAAGCAGCAGUCACAACAGAGGACUGCGUGCUGGAGAUAGUGGCAUUGGUGAAGGAGCGGCUGGCAACAUUGGAUCCGGUCUUCGCUCGUGCUACCCAAGCCAUGGCCGAUUGGAUCAAGCUCUGGAAGGCAGUUGGAUCAGGAUCAGGAUCCUCGCCUUCUAAUGGGUAAUAGACAGUUGAAACCUAAUUCUUUUCUGGUAAUCUUUUGGGGUUCCAGCGAUUCCCCAGAAUGUUCGUCUUUAAUUUUUCAGUUUUCCAACGUUUUCUUCUUCUGAACUGAUAGUAGACAAAACGCACAAUGUUGUAACAGACAAAUUCUCAUUUGCUUUCAUGUAUCAUUCUAUAAAUUUAAGAACAUUGAAUUGUCUGUCUCUAAA